CACCUCUACUUGAAAGAAUGCUCAUUCACUUUCCACACUGGUCAGUGAUAGUGACCAUAUCUUGAAACCAAUACUGUUUUCUAUCCUGAUUACGUGUUGACCUGUGGAAUUUGAUCUUUUUCAUACACUCAGAAACUCAGUUUGCAUUGUUUUGGUCAAAGCUGACAGUCUCUUGAAGAGAAGGACUCUACUCAUUUAGGCUCUGGCAGAGUCUAAACAGAGGGCACUAUGGCUUCGGACUCAGACAACUUGGGCUUCUGUUUGGUGGACUAUGCAGUAUUUGCUGCUAUGCUGGGGGUAUCGGUGGCCAUCGGGCUAUUCCAGUCUCUGAGAAAGACCCAGGGUCGCUCGAACGUGGACAACUUCUUCACAGGGGGCAGGGGUUUCUCUGCUAUGCCGGUUGGACUGUCGCUCUGUGCCAGCUUUAUGUCAGCUGUCCAAGUGCUCGGUGUGCCAUCAGAGGCAUAUUUAUAUGGCUUUAAGUUCCUCUAUAUGUGCUUGGGACAAGCUCUCAACUCCCUCAUUACUGCAGUUGUGUUUGUUCCUGUGUUUUAUCGUCUCAAAAUCACCAGCGCACAUCAGUAUUUAGGAAUGAGGUUUGGCAGAGGGAUGCAGCUCUUGGGAAGUUUGCAGUUCAUUGUAGCCACACUUCUUUACACUGGAAUAGUGAUCUUUGCUCCUGCAGUCAUCUUGAAUCAGGCCACAGGCCUAAAUAUGUGGGCGUCUCUUUUCUCAACUGGACUCAUCUGCACAUUUUACACAACAGUGGGUGGUAUAAAGGCUGUAAUCUGGACAGAUGUGUUUCAGAUUGUAGUCAUGCUCUCUGGGUUCAUUGCGGUCUUCAUUCAGGGCACCAUAUUGGCAGGAGGGCCUGCCAGAGUUUUGGAGAUCGCUAACAAUGGAUCCCGCAUCAAUUUUAAUGAUUUUGCCUUAGACCCUCAGAGGCGGUACUCGUUCUGGAGUUUCACAGUGGGCGGCACAAUGGUCUGGUUAUCCAUGUAUGGAGCCAAUCAGGCCCAAGUACAGCGUUACAUAUCAUGCAGGACUGAGAAACAAGCCCAACUGGCGCUGCUGGUUAAUCAGGUGGGUCUGUGUCUGAUUGUGAGCAGUGCAGCCACCUGUGGCAUUGUGAUGUUUGCUUUAUACUCCAACUGUGACCCACUGAAGACUGGCAGAAUAUCUGCACCUGACCAAUACAUGCCAUACUUGGUUUUGGACAUUUUCCAGAAUCAUCCAGGCUUCCCGGGUCUUUUUCUAGCCUGUGCCUACAGUGGAACUUUAAGUACUGUCUCCACCAGCAUUAAUGCCAUGGCAGCUGUUACUAUGGAGGAUGUAAUGAAGCCGUGGCUAAUCACUGUUUCGCAGAGAAAACAGCUCUUGCUCUCCAAGUCAUUAUCUCUGUUGUACGGGCUUGGCUGCAUUACAAUGGCUGCGCUCUCCUCUCUGCUGGACUGGGGAGUCCUUCAGGGUUCGUUCACAGUCAUGGGUGUAGUGAACGGUCCACUGCUGGGAGCCUUUGUGCUGGGCAUGUUUGUUCCAGCCACAAAUAAACCUGGGGUGUUCUCAGGUGUGGCUGUGGGUUUCUGUCUGUCUCUAUGGCUUGCUGUUGGAAGCACAAUCUAUCCUCCUACACCACAAAUUAUGGGUGUUUUACCCACUAGUGCUGAUCGCUGUCUAGCAACUAACGCAACACUCAACAGCACCACGGCAGUCGCUAAAUCAUCUAUCGUGGCAUCAUCAGUCCCCCAGGAUUAUGGCUUUCAAAAUAUCUAUUCAAUAUCCUACCUGUACUUCGGAGCCCUGUCAACUAGUGCAGUCAUACUAGUAGGUGUGGUGGUUAGCUACAUUACAGGACCCACCAAGAAGGAUUCUAUCGGCCCUGGUUUAUUACGGUGGAACUUGGAACAAAAGACCUGCAAUGUGUCCUGUCAUAACUUGAAUGAAACUACGACACACAAUCCCACCGAAAUCCUUCUCAGUCCAAAAGAACUAUUUGCCACUGCUGAUAAACAAGUUGUUUUACUGAACAAAGGAGAUUGCUUUGGUGUGAAGACCAUGAGUGAAGAGGAAGAGGUGCCCUUGAUGAAGAGCGAAAGGGCCGGCAGUCAGAAGUCCAGCUGUGACUCUGCCAUGCAGGUGCACCUGUACUACUGCCCCAGCUUAAAUUCAGAGACCUCUUUCACCAUCCCCACGGGGCACAUCACAGCGGAAAGUGUGUGUUUGCUUGCUGCAAAAGCCAGCGGAAUUCUUCCUGUUUUCCACAACCUGUUUGCACUGGCAUCAGAAGAUCUUUCAUGUUGGUAUCCACCAACUCAUGUGUUUAAGAGUGAGGAGACUAUCAAAGUUUACUACAGAGUGAGGUUUUUCUUCUCAAGCUGGUUCGGUCAAGGGUCCAGGGCAUCGUACCGCUUUAGUCUCAGCAGAGGACGAAUCUGUGCUGUGCUGGACUACUGCGUCAUUGAUUAUCUAUUUGCGCAGUCUCGCAGUGAUUUUGUGUCUGGACGUGGCGGGAUUUCUCCUGCUUUGAGUUUGCAGCAGGAAUGUUUGGGUAUGGCAGUAAUAGAUCUGUGGCGUAUGGCCAGAGAGAGAAACAAGAGCCUUGCUGAGAUCUGCAAUACAACAAGCUACAAGUCCUGCCUCCCAGAGGCUCACAGACAAGAUAUACAGCGUAUGAGUCGCCUAGCGCGGUAUCAGAUCCGCAAAACGCUGAAGCGCUUCCUAAAGAAGCUGGGCAAAUGCUCAGCUGGAGAACGCAACCUGAAGCUCAAGUACCUGAUGGAGCUGAAUACGGUGGAGCCGGCUUAUGGUUCAGAAAGCUUCACUCUGGCUCACUCUGGAUGGUUAGAGCAGAGCGAGCAGCAAAGGAUCAGAGCCGUUCAAGUGUCUGGAGAGGGAGGGAUUCAGAUACAGACCACAGAGAGCCAGGAAUGGCAGACGUUCUGUGAUUUCCCCCAGAUCACAGACAUUAGUAUUAAGCGUCUUUGUCAAGAGCAGAUGCCCCUGGAAGGAAGGGUGGUCACCCUCACACGCCAGGACGACCAGUGCAUGGAGGCUGAGUUUCACAACUUAACUGAGGCUCUUUCCUUUGUAUCUCUGGUUGAUGGCUAUUUUAGACUGACUACAGAUUCGACUCACUAUUUCUGCGCAGAGGUGGCCCCGCCAAGCUUACUGGAGGACAUACAGGAUUACUGCCACGGCCCGAUCACGUCAGAAUUUGCAGUGCACAAGCUUAAGAAAUCUGGAGCCAAAAAUGGGAUGUUCCUGUUACGGCACAGUCCUAAAGACUUUGACAAGUACUUCCUCACUGUUUGCAUACAGGUACCAGAUUUGCUGGACUCAUACAAACAUUAUAAAGCACCAAGUUUUGAAUUUCCACUAACAACUCCUCUGGGGAUGGAUUACAAGGACUGCCUGAUAGAGAAAAAUGAGAAGUUCAGUCUGGCUGGGAUCCACAAGUCAUUCUGUAGUCUAAGACAGCUCACAGACUUCUAUCAGCACAAUGCGCUUCUCAUGUCAGACAUCCCUGUCACCCUGGGCAAGUGCUGCCCACCCAGACCAAAAGAACUUACCAACAUGAUCAUUGUUCGUAACAGCAGUAUGGUCGAGAUGCCCACAUCCCCCAUGUUACAGAGACAAAAACCAAGCCACAUGCAGUUCCACAUGAUUAAACACGAGGACCUCACCUGGGGGGAAAGCUUAGGCCAAGGUUCCUUCACGCAUAUCUAUAAAGGCAUUAAGACAGACCAGCGGGACGGAGUGACACACUCCACGGAUGUCCUACUGAAGGCCCUGGAUGCAAAUCAUAAAAACUGCUGGGAGUCUUUUUUUGAGGCGGCCAGUUUGAUGAGUCAAAUUUCCCACAAGCACAUUCUCCUGGUAUAUGGCAUCAGCGUGCACAAAUCCAAAAACAUCAUGGUGCAGGAGUUUGUGAAGUACGGCGCACUGGACCUGUACCUGAAGAGGAGUACGUCUGUCUCUGUCAGCUGGAAACUAGACGUGGCCAAACAACUGGCCUGUGCUCUCAACUUUCUGGAGGAGAAGAAUAUUGCACAUGGGAAUAUUUGCGCAAAGAAUCUGCUGUUGGCCAGACAGGGUGACCCUUCCUCUGAUAACUUGCCCUUCAUUAAACUGAGUGACCCUGGCAUCAGCAUGGCAAUGCUGGGCAAAGAGGUGGUGUUGGACAGAAUCCCAUGGGUGGCCCCGGAGGUUCUGGAUACACUUGAGAUUGAAGUGGAGUGUGACAAGUGGAGUUUUGGAACAACGAUGUGGGAGAUUUUCAACGGUGGAGAAGCUCCAUUGCAGGGCCUGGACCUCAUACAAAAGGAGCAGUUUUAUGAGCACUUCUCAAACCUGCCUGCGCUGGAGUGGACCGAGCUGGCCGACCUGAUCACUCAGUGUAUGCAGUACCAGCCUGAGCUCAGACCGUCCUGCCGGAGCAUCAUCCGACAACUUAACAGCCUCAUCACUUCAGAUUACGAGAUCCUUCAUGCGACCGGCACUCUCCCCAAGAGCGAUGGCUUCUGGAGAAGACCGAACAUGUUCAAAAAGCAACAACAGGAUGUUUUUGAGGAGAGAUACCUGCGAUUCAUCUCUGUUCUGGGGAAGGGUAACUUUGGCAGUGUCGAUCUUUGUCGUUAUGAUCCAUGGGGUGAUAACACUGGAGAUCUGGUUGCUGUCAAAGAACUUCAGUCCAACAAACAAGCCACCAUGGCAGAUUUCCAGAGAGAGAUCCAGACCAUCAGCUCCCUGCACUGUGACUAUAUUGUCAAAUACAAGGGCAUCUGCUACAGUGCAGGUCGACUCAGCACAAAACUGGUGAUGGAAUACCUUCCGUAUGGCAGUCUAAUCGGAUAUAUGGAGAAACACCGACAGAAUGUGUGCACCCGCAAACUGUUGCUCUUUGCCUCGCAAAUCUGUAAGGGAAUGGAGUACUUGCAAAGUAUGCGUUACGUUCACCGUGACCUAGCUGCUCGCAAUGUCCUAGUCGCCAGUGACACUCUGGUGAAAAUCGCUGACUUUGGGCUUACGAAGAUCAUCCCUGUGGAUAAAGAAUACUACCGUGUCACGCAGCCAGGAGAAAGCCCUAUUUUCUGGUAUGCACCUGAAUCCAUUUCAGAACUGAAAUUCUCCCACAAGUCAGACGUAUGGAGUUUCGGCAUUGUUCUACAUGAGCUCUUCUCUUACUGUGACAUCAGUCGAAACCCCAAAAGGUUGUGUAUCCAGAAGAUUGGAACUUAUGUCCAGAGUCCAUCCAUGGCCAUCCAUCUUCUUAAUCUUCUCAAGGAUAACUGGAGGUUACCGGCACCACCUCAGUGUCCACCAAAGGUGCACAAUAUUAUGAUUCAGUGUUGGGAGUUCAACAGCGAGGACAGACCAAGCUUCUCCUCUCUACAGGACCUGAUUGAGAAUAGCCUGUUAGAUGAGAGAGAGGGAUGUAAGGGGUAAAGUCAGAGUUACCCUAAACAGAUCACUUUAUUUUCAAUAUGUAUAUUUAAAAUAUAAUUGAGUAAUUUUAGGACAUAUUCUUUUAGCCUUUUACUGUUAAGUUACAUUUUAAAUGUUGAACUUCAGAGAUACAGUAGAUCAGCUGCUGCUUGUAUAUUAGCAGUUAAGUUUUUUUAAAGUACAUUUAUAGAGCUAGCACUACCACUUUAAUGAUAUUCCUUCAUAAAAUACUUUGGAUUUCCUCUGUCAUCACAAAGAUAUAGUCAUAGGCAUCACUUUUUUGUUGUUGUGAUUUUAUUUUGCCAUUGUGUGCAGUGAUGGUAUCCAAUCAAGAGCAGUAAAAAAGCAAGCCGAUUGUUCCUGUAUAUUUUAAACUAAUCAAAAGUGAAAUGACAUGUCAUAUAUCAAAUGAAUAUCAUAUGUUUCUGGAGUGAAUGUAUAAAGCAGUAUCUUUUCAA